UGUUGUACCCGUUCGCGUGGUCGCCUGCGAGGAUACGCUUGUCCCACGACGUUGGAUGGUAGACGUACGUUCGGAAAAGGUAAAGGGACAACGCUGUGCCACACACGACUGUUCUUGGUGUCGACGCGGAAACGGCCGGGGUCUCCUCGGGUCGGCGAAUGUCGCGGGGAUCUCCCGAUUUCUUCUCGUGCGUCAGCUGAUCGCGUCGCAUCUCCGGCACCGACGACCGCUCGUUUCUCACGCGUAUACGUAGCGGCGGGGGGUUUUUUUUUACGCGGAAGCUCUCGGCGAGUUUUUUUUUUCAACGAGAUCGUUUCUCAACGCUUGUGUCCCGAGUACAAUAACGGGGUGGUGACUCGUGGUCCCGCGUCCGGCUUCACGAUAACGUUACGCGUGAAUUGUGCAAAUCUAACACGAAUCUGCUUCGCCGCGAAAUAUACGUGUCUCUUUUGUACGCUGUAGUUUUGUGUAGCGAGUACACUCUGGUUUUUUUUUCUGAGAGUCGUUGAGAUACUCCGCUUCUCGUGAAACGUGCGCAAAACGUUCCGGAAUAUUUGUGAAAAUUAGAUGUAAUGUUUACGUUUACACGAGAGGACGCUCGAUUGUAACAAUGUAAAUUACGUGUACCGUAAAGUACAGUUUAAGGUUAGUUGUUCUUAUUUUUGUUUUCGUAUAUGUGUAUUGUUUCGUGCGUGCCAUUUGUAUCUUGGCAGGUAUCUUUUAGCCAUUCAUACAUCGCUUAUUCUUAUUUUUUUAAAUGUCAAACCUUUUAAAGACAUUUCGUACGUCACGAUGCGUUUCGAAUAGUAACUACAUAGGUGAAAUUCUCUUGUUGCAGGACAACAAAGUGCUGAUAAACAUGGGCCGUUUAUUGGAGGAUCCACGGGCAUCGUCAAAAUUUGGUUGAGACUUUCGUUUGCAACAUGGGAACUUAAAAGGGACUUGUCGCGUUCCCGAUAUUUGCCUUAGUGCUAGUGCCCUUCAAAGAGGAUUAGAGACUGCUCUGAUCAACGGUGAAACAUUUGUGUCAGUAUGCCUUGAAAUGCGUAGUGAGGAAAUUUUAACAAUGAUUUAUUUAGACGUUUGUGGAGGCAGUGUAUUCCGAUACGUUCAGUUGACUCACAUUUACUGCAUAUCGUAAGCGAGUACUCGUAGCAUGCCUGUGCGGUGCGCAGCACGUUGUAUUGUCCCACGUGGCGAGGAAGCUUAGGAACACUGCGACUGAUUUUGAUUCUCUUUUUUUUUUGUCCAGGCUGUAAUGCCAGAACGAAUCAAACUCAAAAUGAAUGGGGUUGUACCGAGUGUGCCAAUAACUACCCUCGCUGGUAUCGCGAGUCUGACGGACUUGUUACCUGAAAUGCCCCUGCCGACUCCGCUGCCGCAGACCCUGACUAACAAGUCUCUGCUGUUUCACCCACGAGUAGCGGAAGAGGCCACGAUACUGCUGAGUCUUCGCGAUGAGAAUCUCGUGCCGCAGCUGAUAACGUCGCUUUCGCACACGUCGUCGGAACACAUCGAACUCAAGGACAAUUAUCCGAGUGCCGAGCAGUCGCUGGAAAACGAGCAGAACACGCCCGAGUUGCUCAAGGCGAUCCUGCAGUUGAACCCUGACGUAUUCAGAGGCACCCAGCACAAUUCCCCGAGGAACUGGGGCGCGCAAGGUGCGCCCAUGUUGCACGCGAAUCAAUCGCCGGCGAGCUAUGGUCGUUUCUCGCCGUCCUACUCGAGCUCCUCGGGCUCCAGGCAGACGCCCCAAGGUAGUCCGGCGCAGACCGCGGCAAGCAGAUCCGUACUUCCGCCGCUGGUGCCCGGUGGCAUCGACGCGAACUGUAUGAAUCCCCUGUCGAACGUGAAUCUUCAACCGAACAUGUACUCGCCGGCGCAUAUGAACUCCCCCAAUGCAUCGCUGGCGUCUCUCACCAAUAUGACACCUCAGCAUAAUAUGGCUGGUAUGCCGCCGCACAAUAUGCACAUGGCAUCCCCGAUGCGCAAUGUGCCUCUGCAACAACAUCCGGCCAUAGGUAUGCAGCAGAACCUUUACGAUUCCAUGAUGAAUCAGCAGGUCCAUCACGCGUUAGGCAGUGGUCAGGCGUUAGACAUCGAUAACGCGGUACAGGAGAAUCAGCAGUUCCUUCUCGACCCGGUAGCGAGUCUCUCCGACAUUGAUCUGCCGAUAGAGAACAUUGACACGAAGCAAAGCGUCGAUCAUGCGAUACAGCACUUACUACCGACUUCUCAGGCCACGACCUAUCCAAAUAUACACGCCACCGACAUAGUUAAUGUUUUAGAUCCGGCUGCGGCCAGCAUGGCGUCCAACGUGCAACAUCAACAGAACAACAACUCCGAGAAGAGUAUAAAAUUUGGGACAGAUAAGCUGAAAGAGCCCAUUGUUAUGUUAAACAGAUUAUCGUUGACUGAUCAGGCGCUUAUGCAGAAGAGUUUGGCGGCGUUUGCGGAGAAGUCGCCGAGUCGCGCGGCGAAAAUGGGCAUUUCCAAUCGCGACGACGCGACGAAAACCGACUCCGAGAGCGAGGAGGAGAUCGGCAAGAAUAACAAGUACUUUAAAGCUCGCGCGAAAGAGCGGCAGGUGCAGCGGGAGAAAGAGAAAGCGGAGCGGCGGAAAAGCGAGGACAAGGGCCGCAGGCGAAAAAAGAUAACGGAGGACGACGACGAGGAGGAUGACAAACGGGAUGCAUCGUUCUCGCCCACGAAACCAAAAAUACGCAAGAUCGAGAAGAAGUUAGUGCCUGUAUUAGCCAAGCUGAGCGUGGAGGAAUUGAUGGAGACCAAUACGUACCAGCGAUUCAACUCUACCAUAGAGACGAUUUUCGAGAACACGGAGGAUAUCACGGCGAACGCCGAUCUGGAGGACGAUGGUGAGGUGCUUCCGGAGAUGCUCAUCCCCAAGUAUCAGUUGCACGAUCUGUGCACGGAAGCGGCCAAACUGAAAACGUUGGGCGCCAUGGAAUCGAUACCCACGGAUAAAUUGGUGAGGCUGUUGAACAUCCUGGAGAAGAACAUACGUGACGGCGCGAGGGUGUCGCCGCUCGUGGACCCGGACGACGACGUCGACGAAGGACGAUUGUGGAUGCAGCUGGCGAUGGAGCGGGUACAGCGCGCCGUGGAUGCGUCGUUGAUCGCGUUGCACAUUAUGACCUCUAGCAAUAUGCCCAAGACGGUUUAUCUGGAGGACGUGAUCGACCGAAUAGUCCUUUUCAUGAAGUUCCAGCUGCAGAACACCAUUUAUCCCUCCUUCGAUCCCGUAUACAAGAUAGACACAAAGAACAAGACUGACAAUUUUAAUUCUAGCGGACGCAAGAAACGCGGGCAUACGAAGGAGGUGCGGGAGAAGAGUAUUCUGCAGGUCUACAACAAGAUGCACGAGCUGGUGGGUCUGUUGGCUGAGCUGUUGAACAUUCAGGUUCUAACGGACACGAGCGUUCUGCACGCGUCGUCGCUGGGCGUCGCACCGUUUUUCGUCGAAUCAGUGAGCGAUCUCCAGUUGAGCGCGUUGAAGCUCGUCACCGUAAUAUUUACCAAGUACGAGAAGCACAGGAGACUACUACUGGACGACAUCCUGGCGUCAAUUGCGAGACUACCCAGCAGCAAGAGGAGUUUACGUACGUACAGGCUCAACUCCGAGGAUUACAUACAGAUGUUGACCGCGCUGGUCCUGCAGCUUAUCCAGUGCGUGGUGGUUUUGUCCGACUCCAAAUCGAAGGAAGACGAGGAGAAGAAACCGAGUCACGUGGACGCCGACGUCUUUAUUAUCAAUAGAUACGAGACCGCCACCAGGAUCGCCGGCAAUUUUUUAACGGUAUUCCUCAACAAAUGCGGCAGCAAGGGCGAGGAGAUCGAUUACAGGCCGUUGUUCGAGAAUUUCGUACAAGACUUGUUGGCAACGGUGAAUAAACCCGAGUGGCCCGCUGCCGAAUUGCUGUUGAGUCUUCUUGGAAAUCUGUUGGUGGGACAUUUUUCUAAUAAGAGCUCCGAUAUGUCGCUUCGAGUAGCUUCCAUCGAUUAUCUCGGCGUGGUAGCGGCCAGAUUGCGCAAGGACGCGGUUAAUUCGCAGUGCAAGUUGUCGACCAUCGACCAAAUUAUUCGGGACAUCAAGCUCGAGCAGCAAAAGGACUCUGACUACGAUCAGAUAAAGGAUAAAGAAAUCGUAGGACUGAGCGAGGAUGAAGAAAGGACUGUGUUUCUGCAGAAAGUACUUCUGGACUAUCUGGCCGUCAACGGGACGAAGGACCCGGCUCUCGUAUACGCGCGUCACUUUUAUCUGGCCCAAUGGUAUCGGGAUUGCGCGAUGGAGAAGUCGCGGGUGGGCCAAUUGAAAAACAGCCCGAGCAAGAAGAUGCACAAGAAACGGACGAAGAAGAAAAAUCGGCAUCACAGCAGCGAUCAGGAUACCGAGUCCGAGUUGGACGAGCAAGAUCCAGACGAGAACGAUAAUAACGAGCAGAAGAAUUCGGAGGCUUACCGAAUCAUCGAGGAGAAGAAGAAGUACAUUAUCAGCAGAAUAAGGCCUUGCAGCACGGGAACGAAACCCGACAUCCUUCAGACAUACAUUGACUACAAUUCUGCGGAACUGAUCUCGCAAUAUCUCGCGUCCAAGAGACCGUUCUCGCAGAGUUUUGAUAGAUACCUAAAGCAAAUUCUUCACGUUUUGACGGAAUCGUCAAUUGCCAUUAGAACCAAGGCAAUGAAAUGUCUCACGAUGAUCGUAGAGGCUGAUCCGAGCGUGCUGGGGCGAGUGGACAUGCAGAUGGGUGUGAAGCAUUCAUUUCUCGAUCACUCGACGUCAGUACGGGAGGCAGCGGUUGACUUGGUAGGAAAAUUUGUAUUGAGUAGGCCCGAGUUGAUUGACAAAUACUAUGACAUGCUGUCGGCGAGAAUUCUGGAUACUGGCGUGAGCGUCCGAAAGCGCGUCAUUAAAAUCCUCAAGGACAUCUGCAUGGAAUGCCCAGACUUCCCGAAAAUCCCAGAAAUAUGCGUGAAGAUGAUAAGGAGGGUGAACGACGAAGAGGGCAUUCGGAAGCUCGUCAUGGAGGUAUUCCAAAACAUGUGGUUUACCCCAGUGAGAGAACGUCCAACUCUUGAUUCGGAAUCCCUCUUGAGGAAAGUGAUGAACAUCACGGACGUUGUAGCGGCCAGCAAGGAUAUGGGGCUCGAGUGGUUUGAGCAACUCUUGGUAAGUUUGUUCAAGCCGAAGGAGGACAAGGAUGACAGCACGAAAAUGCAGACGGAGCCGCCGCGGGCUUUGCUGACGGCGUGCAAGCAAAUCGUGGACUGCCUGAUCGAGAACGUGUUACGGUUGGAGGAGACAAAUCUGGAUUCGGAGAAGUCGGAGAAGAAAGGCUCGUCGCAGAGACUGGUCGCGUGCCUGACAACGCUCUAUCUGUUCGCGAAGAUUCGACCACGGCUGUUGGUCAAUCACGCGAUCACUCUACAACCUUAUCUGAGUUUGAAGUGUCAGACACAGGGUGAUUAUCAGAUUAUCAGUAGCGUCGCGCACACACUCGAGUUAGUUGUGCCGCUGAUGGAACACCCCAGUGAGACUUUUUUAGCACAGUUAGAAGAGGAUUCGGUCAAGCUAAUCUUACAGCACGAUAGAUCGGUGGUCGCGAGCUGUCUUUCGUGUCUGGGCUCUGUAGUCAAUAACGUCACACGAAACUAUAAACUGAUACGAGACUGCUUCAAGAAAUACUACGGACACUUGACGGAGUACAAAUCAUUUUACGUGAAGGACCCAAAUAAUCCUAUGUUAAUAAGGUACAGACCGUUUUUCCGACGAGCGCUCUUCACGGUCGGCCUGUUGCUGCGUCAUUUUAACUUCAUGGAUCCAGAGGUGAUAGAGGGCCUAGCGGACAACAUCAAGGAUCAGGUCUUCGAGACACUCAGCUAUUUCGUUCACUUGAAUAACGACGAUAUCCGACACUUUACGCUGUCGGCUAUCGGUUCUCUCUGCAUACGACAUUACGAGUUUAUGAUGCUGCCGGAGCUGAAGGAGCUCUACCAUCAUUUGCUCACAUCCGAAUACGCGUUGGUCCAUAUGAGAAUCCAGGUGCUUAACAACAUCGAGGUGUACCUGCAAGAGGAGGAGAAGAGAAUGAUCAAGCAGGAUCUGGAAUGGGCCAAGCUGUCGAAGCAGGAGAACUUGAAGGAAAUGGGCGACGUGUCGUCAGGCAUGGCGAGCACAGUUAUUCAGCUCUACAUCAAGGAGAUCCUCGAGUCCUUCCUGCACGUCAACAUAAGCGUGCGGCACGCGGCCCUCAAAGUCAUUCAGCUGAUCCUGGCGCAGGGCCUGGUACAUCCCGUCCAGAUAGUGCCCUACCUGAUCUGCAUGAGCACCGACUGCGAGAAGGCUGUGAGCCACAGCGCGGACAAGCAGUUGCAGGAUAUCGAAAAGAAAUAUCCGGGCUUCAUUCACAUGAAGUCGCAGUUUGGCAUCAAGUUGAGCUACCGGCUGCAGAAGAUCCUGCAGGACAACAUCACGGUGAGGGGCAUGCGAACGAAGGACGGCGAGUUCCCGGGCGCGCUCAAUGGUUUCCUCUACACGAUCCUGCGCAACACGAAGCAGCAGAGGCGGGCAAUCGUGUUGUCUUUCCUCAAGCACUUCGACGAGGCUGCCAAGACCACUCUGUCGCAGAUGCUUUACCUGGCGGACAAUCUCGCCUACUUUACAUAUCAAGUACAGGACGAGCCGCUCUUCAUCAUCCAUCACAUCGACAUUAUCAUUUCUAUGUCUGGAACGAAUCUACUGCAAUCUUUCAAAGAGGCUUUGCUACCUAAGGAGAACAGCGCGGGGCAAUCGGGGCAUUCCAGGCAUACGAUGGGGCAGCCGAUGGCGCAGCCGAUGGGACAGCCGAUGGUGCAGCCAACGGGACAAACAACGGUGAUAGGGCCGGAUGGUCAGCCAAAACCCGAUCAAUUGUUGUCGACUCUCGAGGAUGAAGAGGACGAUGAGGAGGACGAAGAAGCUCUUCUGGCCAGGCUGCCAGGCGAUACUACCUUGCUCAGGGAGUAUAUUACCGCCAGUCAAGGCUUUUUGCUUCUAUUAACACUUCGCCAACAUCUCAAGGACCUUUAUGGCUUUUCCGACGCUAAGAUCGGCCAAUAUUCACCGUCGGAAGCGGCCAAGGUCUACGAGAAGGCAGUGAAUCGUAAAAACAAUCUACUUUUUGAGCCCAAAGCUACGUUGCAGAGGCUGCGGGAAGGCGUGACGAACAUCAUCGAGCUGGACGCGAGCGGCAGGAAGAAGCUCGUGAAGGAGUAUCUGGACUUUAAGCAGCUGAUGCUCAAGUUCGAUCCAGAGGAGCCGGACGACGAUGGCGGCAACGACGCCGCCGAUACCAGCGGUGGUGGCAAGCACGGCGCGGAGAAUCCGCAAGCGGCGAGGAUACCGCCGCAUCCCCAGGCUGACGGCAGGACGAUAGUCGACGGCGCUGUCAUUGGAGACGCCGCCGCCGCCCUGGUUAUCGCGGCUGGCCAGCAGCAGCAACAGUAUCAGUUACCACUGCAAUCGAAUCUGACCGCUCCAAUGGAGUAUCCGAAUAAUUCGGUAAACUCGCUGCCGAUCAUGGCGGCAGCGGCGACGACGACGACCGUCGCCGCGGCACCGGCGACGACGCCACGGGUGCCGAAGCUGACGAUACACACCCAUCCGGACGCGAGGGAGUCGCACCGGAAGCACCGCGCGCACAAGACGGACAAGUCGGUGAGGAGGCACAAGAAGAAGAAGAGGAGAAGAAUCUCCGACACCAGCGACAGCGGCGAGGACUACAGUGACCCUGACUUCCUAGUGUGAGUGCGGUGGUACGUCUCGUCCUGUGUGUACAUAUGCAAGUGUUCGCGGUGGUAUACACGUGUGAUCGGUCGGCUGGGAACAAUUCUUGCUUCGCGUAGCCGAAACUUGGACGCUAUUGUGGCGCGAUCGUCCCUCUCCCUCGUCAUUUGAAACAAUUCUCGUCCCCCGGAAUCCUCCAAGUUGUGCUACGACUUUGAAGACGGUCAAGUCCAGCCAAGAUCGGCCCUUCCGUCGGACAAUUGCGUAGAGACCUAUAUUGCGGGAAUGCGUGUGAGCGAGAGAAAGAGAUCUUUAAUAGGAAUGAUAGCCAGAGAUUUUUAAGUACGCUCGAACGUUGAGGUAGGAUUAGCGUGUUGUUGGCCGAAACGGCGGGCGUCUGUGAGGUUUAUCGAUCCGCCAUGCCGUUAGCGAGAUCGGCUCGUUAAAUAUUUCGUGCGACCGGCUCGGGAACGUGGUUCGUCCCGAAAUUAGCUUUCGUUUCCUUCCCGGCGAGGUGCGCCUUCAACGCGAUCAUUUUUGACAAGCGGAUUACUUCUGGUGAUCGCUCGCUUCUGUCGAAAUGACGCGGAAGACGAAAAACGACUCGUUUGGGGCCGCGAAGGAUCCGAGAAGAAAUUACGAACCAAGUUCUCCGCGAGGAAUCAAGUACAAUAAAUUACAUUCGAACAAAAUUCACCUGUACAUAAUGUCACAUAAUAACGAUGAUUGAUCAGCUUCUUUUUACGGACGAUGAAAUUGAUGCGAAAAGGCCACAAAAAUUAUAUACGGUUUGAACGAUAUCGGUUUAAUUUGUCGUUGCUUCGUUUCUUUUCAGACUGUGCUUGAGCAAAGUGGGCGCUGCUUAUUUCGAUAAUGCUAACUUAUUAAAAUUUGGAUACACUUGUUCCGUGGAUUUAUAACAAAUAUACGAUACACAAGAAAUAUUGUUGAAAUAUUUUCGUCACGAUUACUACAACAUUCAUAUUAAUGUUUGCAAUAAUAUUUUUUAAUUUGCGAGGAAAGUGGUGGAUAAAUUCCCGCGUUAUGUUUGACAGUGUGCAACACUAGAUUUAAUAGAAAAAUGGAUUUGGAUGGUUCAAUAGUAAUUAUUUUAGAUUAUUUGUAGUAGAAUAAAGAAUUUAUCAUAACGAAAUUAUUUUGAAAUUUAUGCUAAUGUCAAUAUUUAUCUAAUAACACACAUACUAUUAUCUUACUAAAGUUAUUACGUAUAGGUUGUAUUAGAUAUUUAAUUAUCAACUUUAGAAUGUGAGUCGCCUAGUGAAAGUUCAACGAUAAAAAGAAUUGUUAGACGACUUAGGCUGGCAGAUGGUUUACUUAUUUCAUUUAA